UAAAUUUUCUGCUACAUCAAGCCUCAUAGCUGCCCAAUCAUAGUGAAAAAUACAAGUUAAAGUGUCAGUGCAUUAAAUUGUAAUCAAGUUAAAAUGGCACGUUACACUCAACGUCCUGAAAAUGCUCUGAAACGAGCCAAUGAAUUUAUUGAGGUGGGAAAACCUUUGCGUGCCCUGGACACGUUGCAGGAGGUUUUCCGCAACAAGAGGUGGAACUAUGCCUACUCGGAGACGGUCAUUGAGCCGCUCAUGUUCAAGUACCUGUACUUGUGCGUGGAGCUCAAGAAGUCGCAUAUCGCGAAGGAGGGUCUCUUCCAAUACCGUAACAUGUUCCAGCUGGUCAAUGUGAACUCACUGGAAAAUGUGAUACGCGGCUACUUGAAGAUGGCCGAAGAGCACACUGAGGCGGCUCAAGCGCAAUCAUCGGCCGCCGUCGCGGUGCUGGAAUUGGAUGAUCUGGAUAACAUUGCGACACCGGAGAGCAUCUUGAUGAGCGCCGUUUGCGGCGAAGAUGCCCAGGAUCGUUCGGAUCGCACCAUUUUGUUGCCAUGGGUCAAAUUCUUGUGGGAAUCUUACUGCCAAUGCUUGGAGCUGCUGCGCGUGAACACGCAUUGCGAAGCACUCUAUCAUGAUAUUGCGCGCAUGGCCUUCCAGUUCUGCCUGAAGUACAAUCGCAAGAGCGAAUUCCGGCGCUUGUGCGACAAGCUGCGCAAGCAUCUUGAGGACAUUUGUAAGAGCAGCAAUCAAACAACGGGCGUUUCUAUUAAUAAGGUCGAAACGCAGCAGCUGUGCCUGGACACCAGGCUCUACCUGCUGGACUCGGCCAUUCAGAUGGAACUGUGGCAGGAAGCCUACAAGGCAAUUGAGGACAUUCACGGCCUGAUGGCCAUGUCCAAGAAGACGCCGGUGCCCAAAACCAUGGCCAAUUACUAUCAGAAGCUAGCUAUGGUAUUUAGCAAGGCUGGUAAUCAGCUAUUCCAUGCAGCCGCUUUGCUCAAACUAUUUCAGUUGACGCGUGAGCUCAAGAAGAACUUGACCAAGGAUGAUCUGCAGCGUAUGGCAGCUCAUGUUUUGCUGGCUACGCUAUCGAUACCAUUGCCGUCAGCGCAUCCGGAAUUUGAUCGCUUUAUCGAGGCGGAUAAGAGCCCACUUGAAAAGGCACAGAAACUGGCUGUGUUGCUGGGUCUACCCCAACCACCCACACGUGUCUCCCUUAUUCGUGAAGUUGUGCGUUUGAAUGUGCCGAAUUUAGUGUCGGACGAGUUCCGAAACUUGUACAACUGGCUCGAGGUGGACUUUAAUCCACUCAACCUAUGCAAACGCAUUCAGUCUAUUGUGGACACCAUUGAGAGCAGCGAAACAGAGAAUACACUCCUUACGCCAUACAUUCAGUCGCUAAAGGAUGUGACUAUUAUGCGUCUGAUUCGCCAAAUCUCACAAGUUUAUGAGAGCAUCGAGUUCAAACGACUACUUGAGCUGGCGCCUUUCUGCAACAUCUUCGAGAUGGAGAAAUUGUUGGUGGAGUCUGUCCGUCACAACGACAUGCAGAUACGCAUCGAUCACCAGCGCAACAGCAUUUAUUUUGGCACCGAUCUAACUGAGAGUCAGCGCGAAUAUCGUCCUGAUGGACCGACGUUGCAGUCGAUGCCAUCAGAGCAGAUCCGCUCGCAAUUAGUCAACAUGUCAACUGUAUUGACCCGAGCCGUGUCCAUUGUCUAUCCAAAUCGGGAGCGUGAUCAGAGAGCCAAGCUGCGCACCCAAAUGGUACAGCACUAUCAUGAGAUUAAGGAUCGAGAGCAUCAGCGCAUUCUGCAGCGUCAAAAGAUCAUCGAAGAUCGUAAAGAGUUUAUUGAGAAGCAGAACAACGCGCGUGAAGAGGAAGAGGCGCGUCGCCACGAGGAGGAGUCGCGCAAAGCGAAGCUGGCCGAACAGAAACGACUGGAACAGGAGCAAGAAGAGCGCGAACGCAAGCGUCACGAGAACGAAAUCCAGGCCAUCAAGGAGAAGAGCCUUAAGGAAAAGGUGCAGCAAAUAUCACAGACUGCACACGGCAAGAAAAUGCUAUCCAAGCUGGACGAGGAAGGCAUCAAAAAGCUCGAUGCUGAGCAGAUCGCGAUGCGUGAGAGCGAGGAGCUGCAGCGAGAACGUAGGGAGCUGCAGUCCAAGCUUAAGUCGCAAGAGAAGAAAAUUGAUUACUUUGAGCGUGCCAAGCGCAUCGAGGAGAUACCGCUCUUUGAGAAAUAUCUGGCCGAGAAGAAUGUCAAGGACAAAGAAUUUUGGGAGGCUACAGAACAAACUCGCAUUGAGAACGCAAUUGCCGAACGCAAGGAUGCUGUCAGUCAGCAGGAUCGCCUUAAGCGCAUGUACCCCGAUCGCGAUGAGUACCUCGAUGCACUCAAAAAGGAGCGUGCUUCCCUUUACGUGGAGAAGCUUAAGAAGUUUGAAAUUGCUCUCGCCGAGGAACGCAAGAAGCGUCUGGCUGAUCGUGUGGUGCGUCGUCGGGAGGAACGCCGCCAGGCAUAUCUGCGUGCUAAGGAGGAGGAACGCUUCCGCAAGGAGGAAGAGAUACGACAUGCUCGCGAAGCUGAGGAGCGCGCCGCAGCCGAAGCACGUCGUUUGGAACGUGAGGCCGAAGAUGAGAAACGUCGCCAGCAAUACGAAAAACAGCGUGCCAAGGAGGAGGAAGCCGAACGCAAGAUCCUGGAAGACCGCGAACGUCUCGCCCGCGAAGUCGCCGUCGAGCGUGAGCGCAGCGAAAAGGAGCGUGAUGGGUGGCGUCCACGUGCCGACCGGGCUGAGCGCCCCAGUGCUGCACCAGCCGGAGGUGCCAGCGAGUGGCGUCGUAAUGCUCCUCCAACUGAUCGCAAUGAACGCACUGAUCGCGGCGAUCGUAAUGAUCGUAACGACCGUAACGACCGUAAUGACCGUAACGACCGUAAUGAUCGUAAUGAUCGAAAUGAUCGAAAUGAUCGCAACGAUCGCCCCGAGCGCGCAGAGCGCAAGGAUAACGAUGGUGGUGCUGAUUCGUCUUGGCGUGUGCGCCGCGAACCAGAAUCGCAACGUGGACCGGGUGCUGGGAUGGAACGUGCUGAGCGUGGUGGUGGCGGUGCUCCAUCUGGCCGCGAUGACAAGUGGCGUCGUGGUGGUGAGCGCUCCGACCGUCUUGGCGGUGACCGCGAUCGUGAUUCCUUCCGGCGAAACGACGGACCCCGCCGUGACGAUGAUCGCGGUGGCUUCCGUCGCGAUGAUCAGCCCCAACGUGAAACAGGCAGCAACUGGCGCGAUUCGCCACGUCAGAACGAUCGUGAUAAUCGCCGUCCGACUGGUGAGAGACGCGAUGUGCGCGGUGCUGGACCUAAGGAAGGCGGUGGUGGCGUCAGCGGAGGUGGUGCUGCUGGUGGUGCUGGUGGAGGUGGUGGUAAUUGGCGUACUGCUCCAUCUCCACGUGAGGAGAAAGCCCCACCCAAGCGAGAACAGGCACAGGACAAGGAAAAUAAAGCCGGCGACGAUGGCGAAUGGACUAGCGUUAAACGGCGUUAAUUAUUUAUAUAAAUAUCUUCCGCAUUGUCGUUAAACACACAGCAGAUUAACCUGUACCCACUUUUUUUAAUAUAAUAUAUGUACACAUAACGUAUUCUCAUUGAAACGAAAUAUGCGCUAAUCGUCCCGAUAAAAUGUUAAUGCUUUGGGCACAUUUUUAAAAAGCUCUGCCCAAAAGCCUAGCAAUUCCUCUUUCAAAAUAUUUAUAUUCGUAUGCCAGUAGCCCGACCUUGUCUCUCUGUCUGCCGAAUUAAAGUCCAUACUAAUAAAUCUGAAUAGCAACAA